GCGCGCAAAGCAAAGAUCGAAGGCAACCAUGCCAAGACGAAAGAAAGCUUCAAAAAAACACACGGAUAUCUCAAAAGCAAGCUCUGUUCCUCCUCAAAAUCAAGAUUGUUACGAAGGGGAACGUCUCGCUAGUCUGCUAAAAUCGAUUCGGAGGGAGACAGAGACAACAAGACUCUUGGAUGGGAACUCCUUACCUGAAAAAAUAUGGUUCAAGCAACAGUUCUCAAUUGGGGUCAAUGAUGUCACUCGCGUCCUUGAACGCAUGGCACCAUUAAUACCUCAAGUGGGAAGCUAUCCUGCUCAGCCCCAUUCAAUCAGCAGCAAUCGUAAAGUGUCUUCAUUUCAGCUUCAGGCUGUGCUGCUAGCUUCUGACUGCAACCCUCGGUGGCUCACAAAGCAUCUUCCAAGCUUGGCCUCAUCAAGGAGGGUUCCACUGAUCUAUGUCAAAGAUAAGAAGGGGGGCUCUUUAAGGUUAGGUGAACUUGUAAAACUCAGAACAGCCAUUGCUAUUGGAGUAAAGGCUAAAGGAAAUGCCAUUAAUGAACUUUUUGGGAAAAUUCUUGAUGAAGAUGAAAUAAAUCGUGAAACCAAUUGCCUGAACACAAACGAAAUGCCGGAUGCAGCCGUCAGUGGCACAUAAGAUGCACAGACAUGAAAGGAGUAAUGCGAACUCAUGGCAGAAAGGGAGAGCCGUCGGUCCAGAAUCAGUUACUUGAAACAAACUCGCACAGUUUGUUGGUUUGUGUGAGCUUUAUAGUUUCUUUCAGGACCCAGAAAAUGUGCAUGUCAAGUUUUUGCAACGAUGUGCUUCUCUACAUGCCUCGGGGCUUCAAAUUGGUCUUGGGUAUAUAUUUAUGUUCUUGGAAAUCACAGGGAUUCAUGAAAUGCUUUGAAAGCUAGAUAGAUAUUUGAUGUCAAUGUUCCAGACUUGCAUAUGAGACAAUAUGGUUGGAUUAGCCCCCUUAUCUGUAUGUUUUAUAUAUUCAGUUUAAGCAUAAAUAUCAUUGCUUUCGAUAAAGCAUAUUUGGUUUCUUCUAUUUCUACAUCUAGGAUCUGACCCUCUUUUAGAGAGAGAACCUCCCCCUUCUCUCUAGAACUCCUCCAAACCGAAAUCAGCCAGAGGGGGUGAGAGCUUCGGCUCCUCCCAGCCCAGCACCUCUGUAUGUUCAGGUUGUUUUCUUUUCCAGUCUGUGUUUUCUUUUCUUUUGGUUUUGUUUCUUCUGGUCAAAGCAUGGAGAAGCGCUGUUUGGAAGUUUUCUGGUGACCAAGAGUGGCCACGCACCCUACCGAGUGUUUCCCAGCCGUCGAUCAUUUAGCCUGCUGAAGAUCUCGCCAAAAGUAGCGGUGCAUGGUCCGCACGCGCAGGUCAAAUUUCGCGCUUGGCAUCCACACGCCACCACACGAAGUGCUCUGCAGCUGCCAUGCGCGGCGUUUCUGGAGUCAGCGAGCUCGGUAGCUUCAAGAUCGACCGCCCAACCUCUUUUUUCAGUGUUUUGUUCGGUCUUGGUGCAUUUACAGUUUCUGUUUUGUUUGUAGAUAUGUUUUUUCAGUAUUUUAUAUGUAUUUUCAGUUCUGUUGUUUUGCUUUAGGUAAAAAUAAAAAGAAAUAGGCUAUUGGACUUGAUGUCCAUAGUAGAAUAGUCCCGCUCCUCCUUUGGAGGAUGGUGGGUGGUUGCCCCUCUCCUCAUUUGGAGGACGGAGGGUGGUUGUUAGCUCUGUUUUUACAUAGUGGUUUUCUCUAAGGCAAACUGGAAGGUUUGUCAGUAGAGAGUUUCUAAAAGUUAAGACAAUGUCCAUCAUAAAGAAAUUUGUGUGCGAAUGAGUCCCAAACAAAUGAAUAGUUUGGUUUAUAAUUUGGGUUUUUCCAUGUAUUGAUUAGUCACAUAUGUAACUU